UCAGAAACAAAUGAACGAAAUCAUAUGGUUGGCUUUAAUAAUUUGGCAAGUCUCACACUAUUCACAUCUCAUCGAAGUAAAAAGAUCAUGAAUACCUCAUGCCGAGAGGAAUUCAUUAGGAAAUAAGGAAUAGUGCCCCAAGAUCAUACAAAUCGGGUGACAUCAUAUCAGUUAAUUCGUAAGGCUAGAAUAAUAAGACUGAAUAAUUGACAGGCGACUUUACCGUUAAGUAGGAAAUAUUUUAAUUUUUUUUAAUAUGUUCUGAACGAGAGAGGGACUCCGGUCACAUACAACGACAUUCCCAAGCCCAAUGCAAGAUUAUGGUGGCGGUGUGUCGAGCAAGACCGGAGAGUACCGCGAAAGUGGUGCAGAGAGAGGGCGGGAGCGGAAUAUGCACCAGGAGGGGUACCAACCUUCACAACACCAGUACGCCGUGAUGCAAUCCAAGAACUAUGCCUGCUCCAACAAAGACAUGUCUGAUCCAAACAUGGCAACGUACUGCAGAGUGGCCACUGGAAUCUAUGAAGCUACUGCUUCCAAUCAACAGUACCAGAAUCCGAGAUACAAUAAUCCAUCGGCCCCAACAUUCAGCUCUCCGCCUAAUUCGCCUCUAGUUGGCCUUGUGUUUGAUCCAACUUCACCAAACUACGGUGGUUCGGCCAUGAUCGGCGACCGUGGUGUUAACUCCGACCGCCGCUCACAGAGCUCCUGGUCCGUCUCCAAUCAAGAACCUAUCGGCACAGGAGCUAAAAAGAAAAUAGUAAAGAGCCAGGACAAACGCAAUGCUUACAGCACCGACCCACGCUACCAGGACAGAUACAAAGACAGUAGCACUGAGACUGACCGUCAAAGGAAACAUGAUCGAAACCUAAACUCUGAAUCUACAUCCAGCCUCGACUUUUUCGCUGAAGGCGAAAGAAUGGUAUCGGAACUGUGUAACAUUUCUGAUACUAACCCCAGGAACGAUAAUAAUCUUAAUAUGAAUAGAAAUGAUAACAAUCAAAAACAGAAUCAAAAGAAUAAUCAAGAUGACGAUAAGAAUAAACCAUCAGGCUCUUCAGAUGUGCUUCUCACAGCCUUAGACAAAAUAGUCAUUCAUGAUCAAAUUCCUAACCAAAUAGUCCAGCUAGCAAUAGAGGCUUGCACGGAUGCAGAGAAUAUUGCAAUAGCACACCAUAACCGACCCUGCUUUAAGAAUAUACACUCUAUUUGUGCAAAAACACGAUCUAAUGUGCAAAAACCUGACAGUGCUGUUGCUAACUUGCACUCUCAAGGCAUUCCAUGGGUUAUUAAAAACUUUAUUUUUUCAUUUGUAAGAAUCUUGGAUGGAUGGAAAGGGGUGAAAGAACUACUUAGCGAAAAACAUGACACGUUUUCUAGAAUUGAGAAUAAGUAUUAUAGCCCUAAUAUACGAGAAUGUUUUGUACAAUGGCAAGCGGUCACCAAAGAAAUGUUGACUCACAUUUACAAAACAUUCAAAUGCCUCGAUCAUGGAUUUACCAUGGAACAAAAGAGUUUUACUCACAACUACUAUGCAACUAAUUCGGCUGCUCCGCGUCAACAAAAUCAAAACAAAUUCCAGUCAGUGAAGCCACAUGCGAGUACCCCGAGGCCUGUCAACGCAUCUCCGCAACCGUUCAAUGCCGUCCAACCGCCGUGGGUACAAAAUCAGACACAGGGAACGUCACAAAAUUUCAAUGAAGGGCCGUGGCCUGCUAGAUCUGGAGUAACUUAUAAAAAAUUUCCAGUCGUUCCGCCACCAAACUCACAUAACUUCUAUCCAUUGAACGAUCAGUCUGAUAUGGACAGCUUUCAAAAAGCACAAUAUAAAUGUGAUCCCUGCGGUGUCCGCGAGGCCAAACCUCGUCAAUCUUGGACUAUAACAAAUGUACCUGAUUUUAGAGCACUCGAAGGCAUGUGUCACGCUGACCAAAGGGAACUGUAUACUCAGCUGAAACAUAAAAUGGACGCUGAACUAGGUAAAGCUCCAGGCCAACCACUUAUGGGUAACAUACCGUGCGAUUUAAUGCAGCGCCGUGACAUGGAAUUGAAGGCAAAGAUGAUUCCUUUGAGUCAUGUAGAAAAAACACUGAUACCGAGCAUGGCAGCCGCCGCCGAGAUGAGAGGCUGUUACGUGCAGAAGAAUAAUAGCUGCGGCGAUACAAAGGAAGAGGCAGAUUUUUUUGCGGCGUGGGGUCAGAUGGUCCAAAAAGAACCUAGCGAUUUUAUAACUCAUCACAAUCACAGUAUUCAAGUUCCCUCGAAUGUUGUGACGAUCUCUAACAAUAUCUCUGGCCCCGUGCAAUUUAUUGAUCCCGAAAACGAUGAGUUUCAUGAGAUGUCUAAAGUUUACAUGAAGCCUGGCAGUUACAAAGUUCCUAUUAAGCCUGCUGAUCCUAUAUCACCAUUUGUACAAGGCGUUUCACAGGAAGUCGUAUACGAUGGUGCGGUGGUGGAUGAUAUGACUCCAUUGAAAAUGAAAAUGCCAUUUCCUCCUGUGACAUUGGCACCACAGCCAAAAUACAAUAUGGAAGCGUGGCCAUGCUUGAUGUCCAGACGUGCUGAUGAUAUUUUUGACGAUCAAAAGAUAAUGCAGAGACCUGCUAUUCCAUGCUUAGAUAUAAGAAGUGCAGAUACUCUAGAUAUUUUGAGUUCAAUGACAUCUGACCGUGCUUGGGAAGCAGCUAAGCAAUCUGCUCCUAAAUUGAUGGAUUUUAUCCACGAGGGCUCCAAGUCGGACACAGCUCGGUUGUAUGAUGCUUUAGGUCUCAGCGCAACCGAUGAAUAUCUCGAUGAUUUGAAGCAAGUGAAACUUGGUAUUGAACAAAAUAACGCGUGGGCCACUGGACUACCCGCGAACCAUUUCAUGCCAAAAGACUUACCGACCUUGUGGGACCAGCAAGUACCUAAACACGAGUAUGGGAUAACAAAGAGUCAAGAACAAUCUAUAUUUGUUGAAGACACCACAAAGUUUGUAGAUUUGGAAUCAAAAUGUCUAGAACCAGAAGAUCACGUCGAAGUAAUUGAUAACAAAACUGAACAAUCAAAAGAGAAUGCACGUUGUCCAAAUUUCGAUCACACUGGCAAUUGUAUUCGAGACGAAAAUCACAAGAAAUCUACUGGCAAAUCAAAGGUGGCAGUGUCAGGCAUGUGGUAUCAUCCCAAGAAAAAGAAACCUCUUGCUGCAACUACUGUCAAAAAGUUUGAAACAAUAUUAGGCAACUUAUCACAGAUAAACGAAGCCGCGUUUAUUCAACACGAUAUGGAUAUUAAAGUGGCUCCUCGUUUUUACGAAGUUGUGAAAUAUCCAAUGUGCCUUCACGAUAUAUCUACAAAAUUGAAGAAUUCAGCCUAUACUGAAUACGAACAAGUCGUUCAAGAUUUUAGGCGAAUUUUCAACAAUGUCCGACUCUACCUAAAGAGUUAUCCUGACCCUGCUAUGAAGAAAAAUGUAAAUAAAGUGUCAAGUGACUUCGAGAAAUUGUUGAACGACGAAUUUCAAAAUAAAUGGGAAACUAAACCCAAGUCUCAAGAGACCGUGGAGCCACAGGAGAGUUCCAAGAGUAAGAAAGACGAGAAAGAGGGUGAAGUUACCAGCGCGGAGACGAAAUACGAUGACGCAAACAAAAAAGACACAAAAACUAGUGGAAAUGACAAGAAUUAAACGAAUUUAACUCUACUUUGACUUCGGGGGCUAUUAUCAUAAAUCUAAAAAGUAAUAAUUACUGCCACAGUUCGUCGCUACGGCGAAAAUACUAGAAACUAUUUUGGAUCAUGCCAGCAAACCAGUCGCAUAAAAUCUAAAAUGGCACAAAUCUAUGAUUAGUAAAAUUACAAUUCAAAAUGUAUCAACAGAUGGUUAAAAUAAAGAACAGAGUAUAUUUUUUUUAAACAAAUGUCAGUGAAGUUACCAGAACUUAUAAUACAUAAGAUUAUCAAUUUAAUGUGUAAGUGCUUGCCAGUUUUUCGAAUGGACUUUAUCAGCUACCAGAAAGGGGCAUUAACUUUAUUUUGUUCUCUAUUUAAUUGUUGUCUUCUUUCCUUGCGCGGUUACUUAUAAUAAUUUAUUUUUAUGCGCAUCUUGUUCAUGUUUCUUCCAUUAAUUCACAUUAUCUACUUAGCCCGUGUUGAUUUUGCCUGCACAGAUACAAAUUUAGACGCACCGUGUAGGUGGCCGCAUUUUCUUUGUGCCCCUGCGCGCUUUGUCACCGCUAGUUUCCCUAUAGCCGAACCUAGAAUAGAUAGUUCUUUUUUAUAUCUCGAUCUGUGAUGUAUAUUUAGGUAAAAGUUGAUAAUUUGAAUCGUUUUUUCACGCUUAAUUACUAGUUAUACACGCUUGCGACUGUAAAUAGAUUAAUAAAAUUUGAGCUUAAAGGUUUAAGUUGUCGAAUUUCAGCCAUGUGUUUAAGGACUGACAUUGAUAUAUACAAUUGAUGGUAUCACACUGAUAUUAUAGAGUAUUUCCCAUCAUGAGAAGCGGGUGCCACGAGCGGCAUCUUGUCGUCGCCCUGUUAACCUAACGGGGCAUUUCUAUUUGACAGAGCCGCCUCGUCGCCCUUCUCGUGCUGAGAGAUUAUUGAUAACAUUAUAUUUAUAUUGUACGUGAAACGUUGUUUUUUAUCUGAUUUGUUCAUUCGGUGUCCCCGCAUCAAUAUUUAAAUAUUUUUUAAACGAUUUUUGAGUCCAUUUUACCUGCCAUAGAAAAUAAGUGAAUGGGUUACGACGUCUCACUUUGAUAUCCUUGUUUCAGUGUCCUUUCGACACUUUGAAAAUAUUGUAAGUCCAAAUUCCAAAUUUCAAAUUCUUCUAUGAUGACGUUCGAGUUAAUUUUAAGUAUUCAUUAAGUUGUGAUUUUAUUAUUUAACUUAUUUACCUAAAAUUAUGGCAAGGAACUCC